AUGGCUCCUCACAAACCCCCCUCAUCAACCAUCACAACCCUCCUCACCCUCAUCCUCCCCACAACAGCAAUCCUCUCCUCUCCCCCCCUCAUCAUAAACACCUGGUCCGGCCCCUUCACGGCCUCCACAAACGCCGCCUUCCUCGCCCUCUCAAACUCCUCCUCCGCCCUCGACGCCGUCCAAGCAGGCUGCCAAGCAUGCCAAACCAACCAAUGCGACAACACCGUCGGCUUCGGCGGCUCCCCCGACGAAUCCUGCGAAACCACCCUCGACGCGCUCAUCAUGGACGGCCAGACGCUCAAUGCCGGCGCCGUGGCCAACCUGCGGCGCGUCAAAGACGCCGUGGGCGUGGCGAGACAUGUGCUCGAUUAUACGCAACACACGCUGCUCGCAGGUGAUCAAGCAACGCAAUUCGCUUUACAAAACGGCUUCGAGGAGGAAAGCCUCUCAACGGAAGACUCGCUCCGAGCAUGUCACGAAUGGCGCUCAAACAACUGCCAACCAAACUACCGCUCCGACGUCCUCCCCAACCCCCUCUCAUCUUGCGGCCCAUACUCCCCCUCCAGCAACUCUCACACACAAACCAUCCCCAACUCCUCCCACGACACCCUCUCCCUCCUCGCCCUCUCCCCCUCCGGCUCCAUGGCAGCCUGCACCACCACAAACGGCGCAUCCCACAAAAUCCCCGGCCGCGUCGGCGACGGCCCCAUUCCGGGCAGCGGCUCCUACGUCGACUCCACCGCCGGAGCCUGCGGCGCCACCGGCGACGGCGACCUGAUGAUGCGCCUGCUGCCGUGCUACCAGGCCGUCGAGAGUCUCCGCCGCGGCGUGUCGGCCCAGGAAGCCGCCGACGACGCCGUCCGGAGGAUCGUCGCUCGGUAUCCGGAUGCGAGGACGGGCAUCGUCGUGCUGGAUAAUAGGGGGGAGCAUGCGGCCGCGGCGAGUGGAUGGGAGUUUACGUAUUCUUAUCGGGGGGCGGGCAUGGAGAAUGCAGAGGUCGUUGUUGUGAAAGCUUUGAACGAGAUAGCAGACAGGUUAGAGCUAUAA